UUCUCUCUAAUUUCCUCAUUUUCAGAAAGAAAAAAGGGGAACUCCAUGGCUGAAGUAGAAGCUCGUCCUAUUCCUCACCCAUGCUGGAACGAGAAGAAGAAGUUAAUCAAGUACGAGAAGGCCAAAAGCCCGAAGCCGGCGACGAAGUCAGCGACCGAGGAGGAUCCUGCAGCGGCGCUGGCGUUGGCGGAGCACGAGUUCGGGGAGCACGGCGGAGUGAACAUGUCGGUUGAGGCCUCGAUCACAUUCACCGUGAUGGAGGCGGAAACGAUGCGGCGGAUGUUCGAAGGGGAGGAGGGCCCAGAAGGGGAGUGCUUCAUCUACAGCCGUCACUUCAACCCGACGGUGAUGGCUCUCAGCCGUCAGAUGGCGGCGCUGGAAGGAACUGAGGCGGCGUAUUGCACUUCCAGUGGGAUGGCCGCCGUUUCUUCGGUUUUGCUUCAGCUGGUGAGCUCCGGCGGCCAUAUUGUGGCCUCGAGGACUCUCUACGGCGGCACUCACGCGCUUCUCUCGCAUUUUCUGCCGAGGGUCUGCAACAUUACAACCACGUUUGUGGAUAUUAAGGACCAUGGGAUGGUUGCAAAUGCCAUGCUGGAGGGGAAGACCAAGGUGUUGUAUUUCGAGACAGUGGCGAACCCGACCCUGACCGUGGCGGACAUACCGGAGCUAAGUCGGAUGGCUCAUGAAAAGGGGGUGACGGUGGUCGUGGAUAAUACGUUCGCACCAAUGGUGAUCUCACCGGUGAGGCUUGGAGCUGACGUCGUGGUUCACAGCUCCUCCAAGUUCAUCAGCGGCGGCGCCGACAUUAUUGCCGGUGCUGUUUGUGGGUCAAAAAAAUUGGUGCAUUCGAUGAUGGACCUGCAGCAGGGGACACUGAUGCUUCUAGGGCCAACAAUGAACCCCAAAGUUGCUUGUGAACUGUCACAAAGAGUCCCCCAUUUAGGGCUCCGAAUGAAAGAGCACUGCCACAGAGCUCUAAUCUUCGCCCAAAGAAUACAGAACCUUGGCUUCAAAGUGAUAUAUCCAGGCCUCAAGGAUCACCCUGACCAUCACCUCAUAAACUCCAUAGCCAACACAAGCUAUGGCUAUGGCUAUGGCGGCGUUCUGUGCAUCGACAUGGAAACCGAGGAGCGAGCCAAUAGGCUCAUGAAUCUCCUUCAAAACCACACCAAGUUUGGGCUCAUGGCCGUCAGCUUGGGGUUCUUCGAGACCCUUAUGUCGUGCUCCGGCAGCAGCACCAGCAGCGAGCUGAACGCCGAGGAGAAGGAACUGGCUGGCAUUUCUCCCGGCUUGGUUAGGAUUUCUGUUGGCUAUGUGGGAACCUUGGAGCAGAAGUGGAGCCAAUUGGAGAGGGGCUUGUUGAAGAUGAAGCUUUGAAGAUUUAUCAUUUUGAAUAAUGAAUAAAAAAGAACAACCACUUUUUGUUUGGUUUUUAAGGUAGAAUAAUGUAGGAUUUGGUCGGGUCUUAAUUAUGUUUUUUAUUUAUGUGGCUCUUAUGUUUUUUUGAGUUGAUUUAGUUAUAAGGAUAUAUUGUUGAGCUUGGAGUAAUUCUUUGUAAUCAAGUUAAGAAGUUGAUGUAAGAUAGAAAUUAAU